CACGAAACCAAGAACCGCAAAGAGGACGUCUGACAACCACCCGGGCAACAACCGACAGCUAUCCUGCCCCAAUCAAUCGCAACCACUCCGAAACCAAAACAGCGCUCAAUCGAGAGAGAGAUCAAAGCUUCACCGAUGGCUCCCUUCAGAUCUAAAGAAGCUUUCCUUGUAGACGGCGUCAAACCCCACACACUAUCCGAGGCCGAGGCCGACGACUGCUCCAUUUGCAAGGAGCCCCUCAUCGUCAACAGUACCGAAACUCCCACUCAAGCCCCGAAGAUAAACCCCUCAGUCCUUCGCAUAAAAGACUGCGGCCACGUCUGGGACAAGGAAUUCCUCGAGAGCUGGCUCAAGGACACUAAUACGUGCCCAAUGUGUCCGCGUGUCGUCGCCAUUACCAAACCCGUUAUGGAAACCUCGAACAUACACACCGCGAUACAGAUCAAGGGAUGCGGCCACGUCUUCGGGAAAGGAUGCCUCGAGAGCUGGCUCGAGGACGCGAAUACGUGCCCGAUGUGUCGAAGCACGCUCUUCGGAACCGAGGCAGAUGCGGCCACGGUGGCUGUGCUAGAUGCUAUGCGGGACGGCGUGGAUACUAUCCGCGCUACUGAUGCUAUAUACGUCGCUGGGACUAUGAAUGACGCCCCUUAUAGUGCAUCUGAGAUUGAGCGAAGCAUUACUAGGCUUCAAAUGGGUCUUUCCCGAAUCGUCGACGGAUUGAGGCCUUUGAGCGUUGAGGAGGCGCUAGCGAGGGGUGUGAUGGUAGAGGUUCUAAUAGACGACCCGGGGGAGGAUGCCACUGGCACAGACGGUCUAUGA